CACAGGGAGACCCAGGCAGAGGCAGCACGUCCGCCCGCAGAGCCCGAUCACACCGCAUAGCGUUACUGCCGCCGUCUGCACCGACACUCAUAUCCACGCUCUCUCCUCAAAUGGAUGUCUCCUCUGAUAACAACCUUUGACACUGGACGCUUGUAGAUGCGUUCAACGCUCAAAAACCUCCUACCCGGCUUGCUUUUGAGGUAACUGGUUUGUCUCGACGACAGAGCGAGAGAGGGAGAGAGCGAGAGAGAGAGGACCACACUCCCCCCCCUCCACCCUCUCAUCGUUAGCUCGCUAAGCUACCUAGCCCGCUAACUUACGCUAGCUGUGAUACUUUGGACCGUGUCGGUGUCAGUUUUCUGCCUCGUAGCUAGCCUGCGGUCUGAGGAGCCCCGCCACUCUAGGAGCAUGUUUGAGUGACGGGCAAAGGAGGAAGUGGGAUCUCUGACGCUCCGCCCUCUCUGCUGGUGGAGCACCCUGCACAUCUGACCAGAGACCCCUUUAGUCACUCAGACAGGAUGCGGAGGUUCGCCUACUGUAAGGUGGUGUUGGCCACCUCUCUGGUUUGGGUCAUGCUGGACAUGUUCAUUCUGCUCUACUUCAGCGAGUGCAACAAGUGUGACGACAAGAAGGAGAGAGGACUGCCCGGUAGAGACGACACCCUGACCAGGCCGCGGGACGGGCCCGGUGAGGGGGGGAAGCCUGUGGUGAUCCCUAAGGAGAACCAGGAGAAGAUGAAGGAGAUGUUUAAGAUCAACCAGUUCAACCUCAUGGCCUCUGAGAUGAUUGCUCUCAAUCGUACGCUGCCAGACGUCCGCCUGGAAGGGUGCAAGAACAAGUUAUACCCUGAUAACCUUCCUCGUACCAGCGUGGUGAUUGUAUUUCACAACGAGGCAUGGAGCACGCUGCUGCGAACCGUCCACUCCGUUAUUGACCGCUCUCCACACACACUGCUGGAGGAGAUUGUCCUGGUGGACGAUGCCAGUGAGAGAGAUUUCCUAAAGCGACCAUUAGAGCAGUAUGUUAAGAGACUGGAAGUCCCUGUCAAAGUGGUGAGGAUGGAGCAGAGGUCCGGUCUCAUCCGAGCUCGCCUCAAGGGAGCGUCCUUCUCCACUGGCCAGGUCAUAACCUUUCUGGAUGCUCAUUGUGAAUGCACGACAGGGUGGCUCGAGCCUCUGCUGGCCCGCAUCAAGCAAGACAAGAGAACAGUGGUAUGCCCCAUCAUUGACGUGAUCAGUGAUGAUACUUUCGAGUACAUGGCAGGAUCUGACAUGACAUACGGAGGCUUCAACUGGAAGCUCAACUUCCGCUGGUACCCUGUGCCCCAGAGAGAGAUGGACCGCCGCAAAGGAGACCGCACACUGCCUGUCAGGACUCCCACCAUGGCAGGCGGCUUGUUCUCCAUAGACAGAGAUUAUUUCCAGGAGAUCGGCACGUAUGACGCCGGCAUGGACAUCUGGGGUGGAGAGAACCUGGAAAUCUCUUUCAGAAUCUGGCAGUGCGGGGGAACUCUAGAGAUUGUUACAUGCUCUCACGUGGGUCACGUGUUCAGAAAGGCGACGCCCUACACCUUUCCCGGAGGAACGGGACAGAUCAUCAAUAAAAACAACCGGAGGCUGGCAGAAGUCUGGAUGGAUGAAUUUAAAAACUUCUUCUAUAUCAUUUCACCUGGUGUGACCAAAGUGGACUAUGGUGACAUCACGUCUCGCUCGGCUCUAAGGCAAAAGCUUCAAUGUAAACCCUUCAGCUGGUACUUGGAGAGCGUCUACCCUGACUCCCAGAUCCCCAGGCACUAUUAUUCGCUGGGAGAGAUCCGUAAUGUGGAGACCAACCAGUGCCUGGACAACAUGGCUCGCAAAGAGAACGAGAAGGUCGGCAUUUUCAACUGCCACGGCAUGGGGGGCAACCAGGUUUUCUCCUACACGGCUAAUAAGGAGAUCAGGACGGACGACUUGUGUCUAGAUGUGUCCAAGCUAAAUGGACCCGUCAUGAUGCUAAAGUGCCAUCACCUCAAAGGCAACCAGCUGUGGGAGUACGACCCUGUGAAGCUGACCCUGAUCCACGUAAACAGUAACCAGUGUCUGGACAAGGCCAGCGAGGAGGACAGCCAGGUGCCCAGCGUCAGAGACUGCACACACACACGCUCCCAACAGUGGCUGCUCCGCAACGUCACACUACCAGAGGUCUUCUGACCACACUCCGCACACUCACAAACACACACACUCACACACACAGCGGCCCAGAGUAAGCAAUCAGGGGAAAGGACGUGUUUGUUAAAAUUGGGCACCGAGAAAGGAAAGACUUCCCACGAGGGGACUCGGGAAGGGAGGAGGACAGAUCGGACGGUACUACCUCUGCCGGAGAUCAGAGGGAGGAGUGUGUUUGACCCUCCUCAGAGCGAGAAGACAGGAAAGACUCCCUCUAGGAGCCGAUGGCUGUUGUUUUACAUUUGUUUUUUUGUUGUUUUUUUUAAAGACUCCUCGUGUGCGUGAAUAUGAGACUGACAGAGGCGAGGUCCUGCACUCACAGCUUCCCUGGACAAAGCAGUCCACCCUUCAACUCAUCAUUUAACGUUUACUGUCUGCCUGUUAAGAGAGUGUGUGUGCACUUAUUUGUGUUUGAAUGGAUGGAGAUGAAUGUAUGCUUUGAGAAGGGGGCUGAAUUCUUUGUUGAUUUCUUUUUUUUUUAUUUAAUUUUUUGUAAUGGAUUUUAAAAAUGAACUCUGGUGAACUCCUAUGAAGAAGUGUGUGUGUGUGUGUGUGUGUGUGUGUGUGUGUGUGUGUGUGUGUGUGUGUGUGUGUGUGUGUGUGUGUGUGUGUGUGUGUGUGUGUGUGUGUGUGUGUGUGUGUGUGUGUGUGUGUGUGUGUGUGUGAGAGAGUCUAUCCUGUGUGCCUGUGUCAGAGCUCCUCCUACAGUCUUGCAGCAGUGUAUGUCUCCCUCUGGUGUUACUCCUCAACAUUUCAUCCUACAGACUGAAGCCUCCUCGCCGAGGAAUUCCAAGGGACACAUAAAAAAAGUGAGAGGACUGAACACAACGUCUGCAUCAGCAGAGAUCUAGAGAUAGAGAAAUAUGAUGUUUGUGAUAUCUUGAGAUUUCUAUGUCCAGUUUUUACAUGGCUUUGUGUGUUUCUACAGUCCUGUGAGAGUGCCACAGAGCAGUAGUCUGUCCGUCUAUGUUGUCUUUAAAGAUGUUUAACAUAGAGCUAACACAUACACACAUGCACACACACACACAGAGAACUCUGCAUAUGUAAUUGAUGCUCACUGCCUAAUGUAGUGUUAAACCAUAGGGAGUUCUCCCAUAAUACACUACACAAUCUCUCACUCUCACACACACACACACACACACACACACACACACACACACACACACACACACACACACACACACACACACACACACACACACACACACACACACACACCUCCUGUAUACAUAUAGGAAAAAAGGCUGUGCUAGCCUGAUAAUUUAAUCCAUUUUGUCAUAUCUUCUUCUCAACGACCUCUUAAAAAAAUACACUCCAAGGGCUUCUUUCCUCCAGUGGAGUGUGCGGGUGCGUCAGUGUGGAUGUGGAUGUGAGCAUGUGUCUUCAAUACUAAUCCCAGUCCCAUCAACCUCCCUGUGUACGUAGAAACAAACAGCUCUCCGAUUCCUCGCUGUUGGACAGCCAGAGCCCGUAGUGUAGACUGACGGCAGAUCAGCGUAUCCCUGCUUCCAUUGUACAAAAGAGCAAAAAGCUGCUUUUAUUUCCUAACAAGAGCCAAGUCCCUGCACUCUCCUGAGGACAUGUAUACAGUAGGAAAGAGACUGCAGCUGUUAGAAUAGCAAAUGUCACUGAGGUGUGUUUGGAGACUUAAUCAGGGACAGAAUAAGGAGCGAAAAGGGUCGUACUGUGGAUUACAAAUAGCACAGCAAGCAGCAGCAGCAGACAUAUCUUAAUCCAUGACUACAUAUCUCACUCUGCAAGCUCACCUGCAGUAUUUCACAAUGGUUUAAUCAUAUCUGAGCGAGCCAGACGGCUCCACAGUAACAUCAAUGCCUCAUUCUCAUUUCAAUCAUCAUGCUUUUUUUCUUCCUUUUUUUAUGUAUCACUCCUGCCACUGCAAGCCAGGGCAGGAGAGGUGAUUUCAUAAUGGAUUUAACUAUUUGGGCUUCCUCCAGUGGAGGAAGGGUUUACACAUAGGACACGUCAUUGAUUCAUUUUUGUUGUGGACACAGUAGCGAGAGGAGGCCGUCAACUGAUUUCAUGUCUGAGCGUGAGUGACUGUGUGGUGAAGAUGCGAGUGUUUUGACUGUGACAUAGAGGGAGUGUAUCGAUUGUUCAGAUUUUUUUGGGGGGUGGGCAGGGGUGGGGUUUGAAGUUAAUUGACAUGUCCAGGGUUCCACACUGAGCUGAUCCAAAUGUAGACAAAUAAAGGUGAAAAAGUUUACAGAACAUGACAAGGAGAAUGUUGAUUUCUGCCUCCUUUUGUCUGCUAACACACACACCCACACACACACACACACACACACACACACCUUUCUCUCCUCACAAACACUAACAGCAGGUGACUGACAUCAACGCUAUUUCAUUUGCACACGAAUAGCAGUCAAAGGUUUAAAUGAGAUGUUUUUGCCUGGUGAUUAAUUAAAUCGACUCAUUUAUAAAUAUAUGUAU